AUGAUAUACACACAUAUAUAUAUGUACACGUUUUCCAUGUCAAGCCACCAGGACGGGCCUCAAGUGAGGCUUGUGUGUGCAUCGUUGCAGCAUUUCCCAAGUGUGCCCCCCCUCUGUCGCUCUGCUAUUCUCCAGACCAUCAAAAUGGGCUCCGCCGAUUACGGGCUGGACAGCCUUGAAGAGCCCGUCGAUGUGGCCAGGUACCUCUUCACGAGGCUGCACCAAGUGGGCAUCAGAUCUGUGCAUGGCCUUCCUGGGGACUACAACCUUGCCUCGCUCGACUACAUUCCGGAAUGCGGCUUGAAGUGGGUCGGGAACGUGAACGAGCUCAACGCAGCCUAUGCCGCAGAUGGAUACGCCCGUGUCAAGGGCAUAUCCGCCCUCAUGACCACCUUUGGGGUUGGUGAGCUCAGCGCCCUGAACGGGAUAGCAGGAGCCUUCGCGGAGCAAGUGCCUGUUGUCCAUAUUGUCGGCUGUCCCUCGACAACAUCGGAGCAGAACGGGCUGCUGCUUCACCACACGCUGGGCAACGGGGACUUCAACGUCUUCAGGAACAUGUCAAGCCUGAUCUCGUGCCAUGUCGCCAAGCUCAACCAGCCGGGCCAGAUUGCCCGCCAGAUCGAUGCUGCCAUCCGCGAGUGCUGGGUCCGCAGCAAGCCUGUGUAUAUCAUGCUGCCCUCGGACAUGGUCAGCGAGAAGAUCGAGGGGGCCCGGCUGAGGACUCCCGUCGACUUGUCCGACCCACCCAACGACCCGGAGAAGGAAGUCUAUGUUGUCGAUGUCAUCCUCAAGUACCUGUAUGCAGCGCGGAAUCCCAUCGUUCUCGUCGAUGCAUGCGCCAUCCGACACCGGGUGGUGAGCGAGGUCCACCGGCUGCUUGACAAGACAAGUCUUCCUGUGUUCGUGGCUCCGAUGGGCAAGGGAGCCAUCAACGAACAACACCCAGCCUACCGGGGCAUCUACGCUGGUACCGCGUCCCACCCGAGCGUCGCACGGGCCGUGGAGGCGGCGGACCUCGUCCUGACCAUCGGUUCUCUGAAGAGUGAUCUCAACACCGCGGGGUUCUCGUACCGGCUGUCCCAGCUGAACACCAUUGACCUCCACAGCACCCACUGCACGGUGCGGUACUCUGAGUAUCCAGGAGUAACCAUGAAGGGUGUGCUGCGGAGGCUCACCGACGAGAUCGACACCGCGAAGCUCUGCGCCGUCCCUCCUCCGCGCGUGGAGGACCAGGUCUUCGCCAAGGGUGACGGCUCGCAGACAAUAACACAGUACUGGCUGUGGCCACGUAUAGGCGAGUAUCUGAGAGAGGGUGAUAUCGUCGUCACAGAGACGGGCACGGCUAGCUUCGGCAUCUGGGAAACCAAGUUCCCCAAGGGCGUCACCGCAUUAAAUCAAAACCUGUGGGGGUCGAUAGGCUGGUCCGUAGGUGCUUGCCAGGGCGCCGCGCUGGCUGCCAAGGACGCGGGCGUGGACAGGCGGACGGUGCUGUUCGUGGGCGACGGCAGCUACCAGCUCACGGCGCAGGAGGUCAGCACGAUGGUCAGGCACGGCCUGCGCGUCACGCUGUUCUGCAUAUGCAACGAGGGCUACACCAUCGAGCGCUUCAUCCACGGCGCCGAUGCAGAGUACAACGACAUCGCACCAUGGAGGUUCAGAGACACCCCCGCCGCGUUCGGGGCGUCUGCGGGACAGGUCAAGACGCACGCCGUGAGGACCAAGGCCGAGCUGGACGGGCUGCUGAGGGACAGGGAGUUCAACGAGGCUAGGAACCUGCAGUUCGUCGAGCUGCAUGUGCCCAAGAUGGACGCGCCGAGGCCGCUGGUCACAGUUGCCAAUGCAGCGGUCAAGAACAAUUCGAGAUGA